CGAGUCCAUUUUGGGGCUGUGCUUGGCGCGUACCGUGCGGUGCCUGUAGUUGGAGGACGGGCGGUCGCGCGGCCUUUCCCACUCGCCGGAGGUCGGAGAUAAGUACCCGCCGCCCGGCUCCUCUCGGGAAAGCGGGGUGGUCCUCGAACCUUCAGCGAGGGUGGGGACUUGCCCAGUAGCCUCUAGUUCGUUAGUCAAAACGUGAAAAAAAGACCUGCUUUGCCCUGGGAAAUAGUAACCCUGCCAAAUACAUCAGCUUGUAGGAGACAGAGGAUGUGAUGGAGCUGCUUGAAGAAGAUCUCACGUGCCCUAUUUGUUGUAGUCUGUUUGAUGAUCCACGGGUUUUGCCUUGCUCCCACAACUUCUGCAAAAAAUGCUUAGAAGGUAUCUUAGAAGGGAGUGUGCGGAAUUCCUUGUGGAGACCAGCUCCAUUCAAGUGUCCUACAUGCCGUAAGGAAACUUCAGCUACUGGAAUUAAUAGCCUGCAGGUUAAUUACUCCCUGAAGGGUAUUGUGGAAAAGUAUAACAAGAUCAAGAUCUCUCCCAAAAUGCCAGUAUGCAAAGGACACUUGGGGCAGCCUCUCAACAUUUUCUGCCUGACUGAUAUGCAGCUGAUUUGUGGGAUCUGUGCUACUCGUGGGGAGCACACCAAACAUGUCUUCUGUUCUAUUGAAGAUGCCUAUGCUCAGGAAAGGGAUGCCUUUGAGUCCCUCUUCCAGAGCUUUGAGACCUGGCGUCGGGGAGAUGCUCUUUCUCGCUUGGAUACCUUGGAAACUAGUAAGAGGAAAUCCCUACAGUUACUGACUAAAGAUUCAGAUAAAGUGAAGGAAUUUUUUGAGAAGUUACAACACACACUGGAUCAAAAGAAGAAUGAAAUUCUGUCUGACUUUGAGACCAUGAAACUUGCUGUUAUGCAAGCAUAUGACCCAGAGAUCAACAAACUCAACACGAUCUUGCAGGAGCAACGGAUGGCCUUUAACAUUGCUGAGGCUUUCAAAGAUGUGUCAGAACCCAUUGUAUUUCUGCAACAGAUGCAGGAGUUUAGAGAGAAAAUCAAAGUAAUCAAGGAAACUCCUUUACCUCCCUCUAAUUUGCCUGCAAGCCCUUUAAUGAAGAACUUUGAUACCAGUCAGUGGGAAGACAUAAAACUAGUCGAUGUGGAUAAACUUUCUUUGCCUCAAGACACUGGCACAUUCAUUAGCAAGAUUCCCUGGAGCUUUUAUAAGUUAUUUUUGCUAAUCCUUCUGCUUGGCCUUGUCAUUGUCUUUGGUCCUACCAUGUUCCUAGAAUGGUCAUUAUUUGAUGACCUGGAAACUUGGAAAGACUGUCUUUCAAACUUCAGUUCCUAUCUGACUAAAACAGCCGAUUUCAUAGAACAAUCAGUUUUUUACUGGGAACAGGUGACAGAUGGGUUUUUCAUUUUCAAUGAAAGAUUCAAGAAUUUUACUUUGGUGGUACUGAACAAUGUGGCAGAAUUUGUGUGCAAAUAUAAACUAUUAUAAAAUCUG